CGCUCUCUGGGAUGAGCGGACUUCGCCCCUUCAUCAGUGAGGAAGCUGGGCGUAGAAGGCAAACAGGGCAGGCAGGGAAGAACCAGAAUCUGCACCCCAAAACCUUCCAAUGGCAAAAUUUCUAACCCAGGAUCAGAUCAAUGAAUUCAAGGAAUGUUUUUCCCUGUAUGACAAAAGGCAGAAAGGCAGAAUCAAGGCCAGCGAUCUGAUGGUUGUCAUGCGCAGUUUGGCCACUAGCCCAACUCUAGGAGAGGUGGCCAGGCACCUUCAGCUCCACAAAAUCGAUGUGAAUGAAGAACUGGAGUUUUCAACUUUCCUGACCAUCAUGUAUAGGCAAAUACAGCAGGAAGACCCAAGGAAUGAAAUCCUCCUGGCCAUGUUAAUGGUGGAUCGGCAAAGGACCGGAUUCAUCUCAGUGGCUGAAUUGCAGGCUAAGCUGAUGAACCUUGGAGAAAAGCUAUCCAAAGAAGAAGUGGACACCCUUUUGAAGAACGCCAAAGUGGGACACAACGGACUGGUGAGGUAUGAAGACUUAAUUCAAUCAAUCACACUUCCAGCUGAUGAUUAUUGAAUUACAAAAAGAUAUUUGCUGCGUGCAGCCUUCAUCAAUUCUUCUUGGAACCUGGGGUCUGCCUGUCUUUUUGUCUUAAAAAAUAAAUGCUUUGUGGCAAACAAAAAGAAAUACGUUAAGCAAUUAAAGAAAAGCAGAGAUGUUGGCUCUUUCUGUA